AUGUCGGGAAUCGAGGUCGUGGGCCUCAUCUCCGCAGUCAUAUCAAUUGUCGGUGCGGUCGAGAAUAUCUACAGUGGCUUCAGGGACGCUUGGAAUCUCCCGCGGGCUUUCCGUGAGGUAGCCGAAAAGCUCCCGCUUGUCCGGAAGACUCUCCGAAUUGUCGAACAACAAAUCCAAAGCACUUCAGAUGAGGAGGCAUGCGUGGCAAUGAAGACAGUUGUGGAGAACUGCAAAGUCAAGGCGGAGCAUUUGAAGGAAAUUUUCACUACCGUUGCUCCCCCCGAGCCUCCCACCAGGCUCGAACGCUACAGUGUGGCCGUGCGGCGAUGGGGCAAGAGAAAUCGGGUGGAAGACUUGACAAAAGAGAUGAUGGAAGACGUCCGACUUCUGGCAAUGAAUCGUGCAGUCCAAACGGCAACCGAGAAUCAGGUUGCGGAGCUCCUCAGGGCAAUCAAGGAACUGUCCACCAUUGAGCCUUCGCUCCCGGACGAGGACUCUGUCAGCCAGCACCAUUCUGGCUCCGGUCACAACAUUAGGGGGAAUAAUUACCAGGGGAAUCACAACGUUUUUAGCGGCUCUGGAACUGCAAACUUCGGGGACAUCAUACACCAGCAUACGACGACUGCAGAAUCGAUGAACGAGUUGAAAAAGAAAGCAUGUCUUCAAGCCCUUUUCCUCACAGAUCCAUACGAGGACCUGAAGUCCCUGAAGAGAAAGAAGGGCGGUCGUGCCACAGGCACGUGCGAAUGGAUCUUGGACACUGACCAACUGACCGCUUGGCUUGGCCACGCGGCUGAAUCGACAUCGCCUCCUACCGACCUACUUUGGCUCCACGGAAACCCAGGAACUGGCAAGUCCACUAUGUCCAUGUUCCUCGCGGAGGCGCUGUCGGAGGACUUCGCCAAGUCCCGAAACAAGACGCUCGCGUACUUCUUCUGUGACUCGGGCUACGACACACGCAAGACCGCCACGGCGGUCGUCCGCGGGCUCCUCUUGCAGUUGGUGCAGCAGCAUCCUCGACUGGUUGACUAUGUGUUACCAAAGUACGAGGCGCGCAAGACCCAGGCCUUCGACUCUUUCGACGCCUUGUGGACGAUAUUUACCAAAGCCUGUGCGGACAAGGUCUCGGGUCGCAAGUACUGUGUAGUGGACGCCUUGGACGAGUGUGAGCUUGAAGAGCAGAGAACACUCCUUAAGCAGAUUGAGGAGACAUUUGGACGGGAUCGAUCUGGCGAUGCGCUUAACUUUGGCAUCCUAAUCACCAGCCGACCGUACCCGGAGAUCAGGGAGUGCCUGCAAGAAUUCCCCAACAAAGACCUUGCAACGUUUGAAAAUUCCAGACAAGACAUUCACAGGUUUAUCAAGGAGAAGGUGGCUGAGUUGAGCAAGAAGAAGAGUUACCCGAGCAGUAUGGCGGGUGACGUUACCCAGAUACUCCGCAAUGGGGCGGGCGGCAUCUUUCUCUGA